UCCCUAGAAGUGCUCAGAGAGCUGCUUUUUAGGGCAGUGAGCCCUCUGAGCAUAGUGGCUCUGUGGCUGGAGGUGGGCAGUGGGCAGUGGGUUGGCAUUUGUAGGUAUGGAUGUGUGGCUGGCUGAUUGGCAGUGUCUUUCCUAUGGGGUAGAGAAGUGGGCAAUGCUAGAGCCUGAGCCGGGGCCACACCCUUACCGGCCAUUCUGUACUCUGCGGGCUCCAUCCCUAGGCUUACAUCACCAGCUUUCCUAACUCGGGUCCAGUGACUUAUGUGUGUGCCCUGGGCCUUCUAGUACAGACUCCAACCACCAAAGACUGGGACCUUCUAAGAGGGGGGAAAGAGGGAAAUAGAUCCAUCCCAUUCUAGUUAGAGAGGGACUUGGACCAAGAUGUUUGGUGUUCCACCUCCUUCGGCCUAAAGUCUUGCUCAUCCCGCUUUUACUCCUUCCAUCUUUUCUAAGCGAAUUCUGGCUUGAGCCAAUUUCUCCCCACUCGCAGGCUUGCCCGUUUUUGGGGGUGGAAGGGGUAGGAUCGGAGCCGGUGGAUGCCCAGCACCUCCCUCUCCAGCUCCCGCGGCUUCGCGUCGGAGUCCGUCUCUGUCAGAGGGGGCGGGGCCGCUCCUGGUACCGGCUGAGAAGGACAUCCCCAGGAGCAGAUGCUCAAAUACGGGGGCGCAGCACUGAAGUCUCCUAGUCCGAGUCUGGCCCGGACGGCUGCCGGCCCCGAAGUGAUCCCAGAGACACCCCGGAUCUCCGUCUGACCUACGUGCCUGAACUAGCAGGCACCCUAGCAACUUGGACUGGCUGAGGGUCUCGUGAAGCCCAGGGCGAACAGGAACCAGAACCAGGAGCUUCGGCGUUCCCUAGACGGAUAGUCUGCACCUCCUAUGCAGAGCGGCCCUUGUUCCCUAUUCGCCCGGCUUAGGGCGCGGACCAUGCGCUUGCUCCGGGCGCUGCCGGCCGCGCCGCUGCUCCUGCUCUGCCUCCUGACCCGGGCCCCGGCGGCCGCAGCCUCGCGCGCAGCCCCGUUUCGCGUGGGCGCCUUCAACAUCCGCAGUUUCGGGGACAACAAAGUGGCGGAUCCCGCCUGCAGCAGCUUCAUCGCCCAGAUCCUGGCGGAGUAUGAUGUGACCCUGGUUCAAGAGGUCAGAGAUCCGGACCUCAGCGCCGUGUCCGCGCUCCUGGAGGAGAUCAACAGUAUAUCAGAGUACACUUACAGCUAUGUGACCAGCGAGCCGCUGGGACGGGACAACUACAAAGAAAUGUACCUGUUUGUGUACAGGACAGAGAGACUCUCGGUGAUGGAUAGUUACUGCUACCCAGACCCCCAGGACGUUUUCAGCAGAGAGCCCUUCAUUGUCAAGUUUUCAUCUCCGAACACAGCCGUGAAGGAAUUUGUCCUAGUGCCCCUGCAUUCAGCCCCACACAAUGCUGUGGCAGAGAUUGAUGCCCUGUACGAUGUCUACUUGCAUGUGAUUGACAAGUGGGGGACUGAUGACAUCCUUUUCCUAGGAGAUUUCAAUGCAGACUGUAACUACGUCAAACAGCACGACUGGGCCAACAUCAGGCUUCGGACUAGUGAAAUUUUUAAAUGGCUUAUACCAGAUGGAGCUGACACUACCGUGGGGAAUUCUGACUGUGCUUAUGACAGGAUUGUGGUCUGUGGCUCUCGACUGAGAAAGUGCAUCGCACCCAACUCGGCGACAGUCAACAACUUUCAGAAGUCCUUUGGCCUGGACCAGACUGCAGCUUUAGCCAUUAGUGACCAUUUCCCUGUAGAAGUGACACUGAAAACUCACUGACGCUCCUUAAAGUCUGUGUGGGAUGCUCUUCUUCAGCCUCUUUUGUCACAACAAACAGCCCCACUGGACAACAAUGUGGGAAAAUAUUCCUGGACUCCUGAGGAGGUAGAGUCAGUGCCAGAGAUAUUUUUCUUUUUCAAGACUGAAGGUUUUCAGGACCUAACACUUGAAAUUGGUUUAAUCCCUGGGUGCUGAGCUCCUGAAACAGUUCUAGUGGCCUUGAAGUACAUAUUCUCAACCUCCAACAACAGGAGCCUGCUCUUCCUGAAGCCCACCAAAUGCUUUCUGCUGGAAACUUUCACUCAGGCUAAUGAAUUGGAAUUCAGUCCAAGUCUCAAACACAAAAUUUUUCAGGGGUUUUCUAUGGAUUUUGCUAAAUCACAAGAACCAUGGACAAAAUAAUUAAAUGAGGAUGAGAAAAUCCAGAUACAGUACAAAGUCAAUGAUUGAUUCUUGGAUGCAUUAAUGAAUUUUAUCUCCUAGUUUUAUGUCCCUUAGGCUUAUAUUCUGCAAUGGCUCCUCAGAGCCUAUAGGGCUGGCAGGGGAGACUGCUGCUACCUGCAUCUGUUUGCAUUUCAUUGGUCAGACCAGCAACUAAUUCUUCUUCAGUUUACCUGUAGAAUAUGAAGAAUAUGAAAAAUUUGUCUUCAAUGUUUAGUAAAAGCCCACUUUGGAGAAAA